CGAGUUCCUAUACUGGUGCCAGUCGUCUCUCCUUCGACUAUUGCGGAAUCCUCACACUCUUCACAGUCACUUUCACUUUCACUGACGAUGUAGACGUCACGCUUUCCGUUUGUUGCGAGCGCAGUCUUGGCGCAAACGCACUCCUUCCUCCACCUCGCGGUCGAUGAGCCCACAAUACUCCCACGCGGCUUCUCAAAUACGUCAAACUGUGUGAAUAGAUUUGUAGCCUACAUCGAGAUAAAAAGUUGCAAAGUAGGCGACCUAACGUUAACGUAGUCCUCACCUUCAACAUGUCUUCGGCUGCGCUUCCUCCUGUCAUCAUCACAGCUACACUGGGAAGACUCGAGCCCCUGCCACCCGAUAAUUAUAUGAUAGCCUUGAGUCACGACAGUGAUCAGUUCAUCGGUACCCCGGAUGGUUACAGCGCUACAUACCUACCGACCUCUCUAUUCAACGCAGUCGGUCAAGGUCAAGGUCAAGGUCAAGGUCUUGCCAAGAAGAUUACCUGGGUCUCAUACGGCAGCAGACCCGGAUCGUGGUUCUACGUCUGGGAGCGGAAGGACGGUACAACAGAAUCCGCGGUCGGGCCCCGUAUCCCACCAGCACUACAGUCCUUCGUCCACACGAUACAGGGUUCUGAGGCUCUCAAGUCUGGUCUCCGGGUUCAGCUUGGCGCAGCCGAUUCCUGGGUAGCAUGGUCAGGCACGGCGUGGGCAUGUGCAAACAUUCCAACGCAGCUCGAGGCCAAGCUACGCGAAGGGAGUUCCGGAACCCUUGAGGGUAAAGGGAUUAUCAACGGCUCGUUGAGGGGAGCACGUACGCUAGACAACGUCCAAUUCCAUGCCAACGGAUCGUUCUACAUCAAGAGCGGUGACCGCCAUAUAUGGAACUUUCAGGCCAAGCUUGUGAGCCUUGAAUGGAACAAGCUAUGGAAAGGCCUGGAACGAGACGAGCGAACGCGCAAGAUCAACAAAGAGCUGGCCUACGUAUUCAUUAGCCCGCAUGCCGAGAACGGGGAAACCUUCGUCUUCAUCAAAAAACACUCCGUAGGAUUGGAUGCACCGUUCGUUGUCGGUUUUGAAGGAGAGCAUGUACAUACCAACAUGGAAUACUCCACGCCCGAACAGCGUAUGCGCCACAUAUCGAGAAAGUCAGAGGAGCCUAUACCUUUCCAGUGGGCGACAGUCAAGAAAUCUGGUCGACCACACAGAGCAGACGCUUGGGAGGUAGAGCUUAGGAAAGGCGACAAAGUCAAGGUCAUCCGCGACGAAGGGCGUGAUUGGUUCGUAGCCAUCGACCGGAAGGGUGUCAAGGGCUGGGUGCACGGCUCCUGGAUCGAGUUUGGCGACCGUACAGUCCACAAAGACUCAAAGGCAGCAUACUCUCUGUUCGAGCAAGACCUACAGAUGCUGCUCAUACCCGGUCAGCACUUCCCAGCGAUGACAAGCUACGUCGACGAGUGCACUGAGCCGGAUUGCCAACCACUCAAGGAAGCGGGCUCUUCGUUGGGAAUCUGCGUUCACGAUCUGCUGGCACUACUGUCAGGUUCCGGUAAAUACACGUACAAGUGGCUUAAAGAGACUCGGAAUUUCUGGCACCCGGACAGGUUCGCCCGCUUCAGCAAUGUGGAUCAGAACAAAGCAGAGCAGAUGUUUGUCAUGUAUGGGAUCUUGAUGGAAGCGAGCAAGGUCUAAAAAAAAGCUAA